AUGGGGCCAGCAAUGUCAUCAGAUGGACCUAUAUUCUCCUUGAAGCUGGGAUCGCAGAACGUCAUCGUCCUCACUAGUGGCGAACUCAUCAAACGAUUGGUCGACAAGAGAAGCGGAAACUAUUCAGAUCGUCCGAAAUUGUACAUGCAAGACGUCUGGGAAGGCUCCAGGAUUAUCAUGAGAGGGUAUGAUGCACUAUGGAAGGUUGAACGCAAAAUCUACCAUCAAUUCCUGAACAUCAAUAAGGCAUCCAGAUACAUACCCUACCAAGAUUUGGAGACAAAGCAACUCAUGGUCGAUUUAUUGGAGAAGCCGAACGACUUUGAAGACCUAAUCACACGAUCUACAUUGAGCGUGGCGACGAGUAUGGCUUAUGGAUUUCGAGUCUUGGAUCCGAAAAGUGAGGUCUUCCAGGAGAUGUUCAGGAACACCCACGGAUUCUUCUUUAUGGUAAACAGCAGUAAACUUCUUGAUUGGUACCCUCAACUCCGACCCAUUGUUCGAGCUUUGCCUCAAUGGCUGUAUCCACUGGCCACGAAAGCUAAGCAGAUCUACCUUCGAGAAAAGAGCCAAUUUUGGCAGCUGUAUGAGGAGGCAAAACAGGCGUCAGCUCGGGACGACUCUCUUCCAAGCAUGUUUCAACCACGUUGA